AUGGCAACUGGGGUUCUCAUCCAAGAGCUCUGUGAUGAAACCACUUGUUCUAUUUGCUUGGAUUAUUUCAACGAUCCAGUGACCAUUACAGAGUGUGGCCACAAUUUCUGCCGAGCCUGCCUGACCCAGACCUGGAAAGAGUCGGUCGCUGGAGCUUCCUGCCCUCAGUGCCGAGGAUCAGCUCAGCAAACGAACCUGAAGCCAAACUGGCAGCUGGCUAAUUUUGUAGAAAUAGCCAAGAAAUUCAGACUUCAAGUGGGGAAGGGGGCAGAGGAUGGAAGGACAUUUUGCAAGAGGCACCAGGAACCUUUCAAACUCUUCUGUGAAGAUGACCAAACUCUCAUCUGUGUGGUGUGUGACAGAGCUGCAUCUCACAGAGCUCACAUGGUGAUUCCCAUGGAAGAGGCGGCCCAAAAAUACAAGGACAAGUUACAGUCCUGGGAGGAAUAUGUAGAAAAGCUUCAGGCACUGAGACUGGAUCGACAGGUGAAGAGUCAGAAACAUCUGAUGCAAAUAAAAGCUGAGAGGGAGAAGAUUAUGCUUGUGAUGGGGCAAAUGCACAAGUUUAUUGCCGAAAGAGAAGGACUCCUGUUAGCCCAGCUGAGGGAACUGGAGGAAAAGAUAGAAAAGAAGCAAGAAGAAGACGAUGGGAACUUUUCAAAGGAAAUUGCCCGUCUAAGCGAUCUUAUCACCACAAUGAAGGAGUUGUGCCAUCAGCCAGCAAAUGAAUUCCUGCAAGAAAUCAAAAGCACUUUCAGAAGGCAUUUAAUUUUACUCUACAGCAGCCACAGAAUGAAUUUCACCAUCUCCCCUCCCAGGUUUCGGAAGGAUCCAGCGUUGGAACAUUCUUCUCCUGAGAUGGAAUUGAGACUCAGAAGUUACUCUUGGAAAACAGUAGAUCUAAUAGAGUAUAUCAAGAAAUUCAAAGGUAUUGCCCAGACAGUGAGUGUGAUUCUGAAUCCAAACACGGCAAAUCCUUAUCUCAUCCUUUCUAAAGAUCUGAAGAGUGUGAAGUGUGGGGGGAAACGUCAAAUUGUGCCUGAGAAUGCAGAGAGAUUUUCUAUUCGGACCUGUGUGUUGAACGUUGAAGGGUUCCUCUCAGGGAGACGCUGGUGGGAAGUGAAUAUAUGGGAAAAGGGAUGGGGCGACUGGGCUGUGGGGGUUGCCAGAGAAUCUGUGAGGAGGCAGGAGAAUAUCAAUAUUUCCCCUCACGAGGGGAUCUGGGCUAUAGGAAGGUCUGUGGAGGAUCCAUUCGAUCUUCUGGAGCUCUCAGCUUUUACCUUCCCUAAGCGAACCCCUUUGCUCUUGACACAUGAACUCAAGAAGAUCAGGGUUUGCCUGGACUAUGCUGAGGGCAAAGUGGAAUUUUUCAGUGCUGAUACAAAAGUCUCUAUCUUUGUUUUUCAUUCAGCCUUGUUCUCUGAGAAGAUUUAUCCUUUUUUCUGGGUGGGAGGGGCACUCAGACUGAAUUGCUGA